AUGCGUGUGGCCGGAGAGGUCGAGACCACUCGUCUUCUUGACGACAACGUGCCAACUCGACGUGAUCGAUUGCAGAUGACGUCGACGGAGCACGUCGAAGAAGAGAUAAAGGAGGAGGAGGAAGAGGAGGAGGAGAAGAAGGAGGACGAGGAAACGAAAGGAGCAGGAGGAGGAGUCGAGCCGUCUGAAGCUGCAGGCGGUCUCAAGCGGUUGCUCGCGUACGAGCUCGUGACAAUGCUCCGCCCCUCACCGUCGGACGUGUCGUCGAACGGAGACGGCACGUUAACGUACGAGUACGACGACCUGCCGAUCCUCGAAAGCAGUCGCCCGUCGUGUUGCACGCCGGGGCACCCCAUUGUGUUGGCCCUGUCGACCCCAAGCGACCGCAUCGAUCGACUCGAUCGACUGAGUGACUGCUGCCUCAUGAAAGGUGAGCUGCACGUCUGGGUCUACGAAGCCUGUCGCCUAUUGCCUCCACGGUCGUCGACCGUCGGAGCAGAGGCAGUGGACGACACGUACGACGGGGUCCGCGUGCGGUGCGACUUCCUCGGAGCGGCUCAGAUGUCGCCGAGCCAUUUGAACCAUUCCGACAUGCAGAAUCCCGUGUGGCGUCACGCCGAUCACGGCCUUCGCGACGGGAGGAGCGGACACUUUGCAUGGGCCGUCCACGAGCUGACAGCGACGACACGAGACGAUCGACUCAGUGCAGCAACCGCAACCGGAGCAGCAGUCAGUGGCAGCGACUGUCAGCUCGACAUUGACGUGGUCUGUGGCGAGCGUGUCGUGGGUUCAACGAGUGUGCCAUUGGGAGACUUACUGCUCUCGUCCAGGGCGGACGGUAACGAGGACAACGAAGAUAGUAACGAUGGUGCUGAUGCACUCGAACGAGACGCAGUGGACCGUGCAGAGACCACUUACCUGAGUCCACAUUGGCUGCCACUGGCAGGAAGCAGUGCGGGGCUCCUUCAGGUCGCAUUGGAAUUCGUCCCGACGUCGCAGCAGCAGCAGCAGCAGCAGAAUGUUGUGAGAAGUAUCGACGGUACGGAGACGAACAUGAGCUUCUCGGCUCGUGACAACGGCGACGAUGCGAAGGAGUCGUUGGUGGAGGCUGAAGACGUGGAGAUGGAUCGAGUAGGACGUAGCAGCGUCCACUUGGCUCGUGAUCGGACGGACGGACGUCACGAUCGUGUGGCACUGAAUGGAGACGACGCUGAGCUCUCGAGGAGUAAAGUUGUCGUCUCACGAAGCGGUGGCGUCACAAUGUACGUCCCGACGUCCAACGAGACAAAGGCACACGCACUCGAGUCGAUCGACCGCUUGGCGUGCAGUGGAAAGUCGUCCACGUCGACGUUUGCCUCCUCGUCGUGCGGCAAAGUCGAGCACACACUGGACAAGCAGCUGCAGGAUCUGUACGACUUUGGCAUUGCAUCGGACCCUCCGAAGGCCGCGACAAGGGCACAGGACUCGGAGCGGGUGACGCGCACGGCGAGUAUGGCGUCCAUGUACAGCGGCAAAGCAAGUACGUGUGCUAGCGAUGCGUUCGCCUACAACGAGCUCAUCCGCGACAUGGAGAGUGCCAUGAACCCAAUGGAAGACACGGCACCUUCGACCAGUCAAACUCGUUCCAGUCACGCAGAGGACGGCACGAGGAAUCGAGCUCAAGUGGAAGAGGUGGAGUCCAUGAGCGGGUCGACCCCGACGCUCAAACUGAAGAACCGUCGCAGGAACAGGUCCUUUCGUGCGCUCAGCAGACCUUUCGACCGCCUCCACUCGCUAUGGCCCGAGACAAGAGCCCAGCGCAGCGGUGUCCGAAAGAUCAAACUCCGCCUCGGCAGCAGCAGCGCUGGUCCCAUGACCCUUCUCCUGCGUGACCGAAGUCCUUCUUCCGUGCCACGAAAAGGUGCCGUCGAGCUCGAUCCUCCCGAUCAGCCCGUGCAGGUUCCGUUCCAGCGCGCGUCUUGCCACGAGGACGUCCGUCACACGACGAGCCGAACAACACGAGACCGACGAGCAGCUGGGGACGGACCAGGACGGCUCUCGCUUCCCAUUACCUCCUUUUCGUUCCAACAUCGACGAGAGAUACUCGCGCGGCAGCAUUCAAGUCGCCCACAUCGACCGCAGAUCGAGGGCGAACUCGGACUGCAACCGUUUCUUCUGGAAAGCGUGGACCCGCCUCUACUCCGUCGCGGUCGAAGCGACUCCACGUACGCAGUGAGUGAUUUGUACUCGCCAAAGAGCGAACCGACCGACGUGUCGGUUGCAAGAACUUCCACGAGAACGACCGCCACCAGCGCAGCGCACCCCGUCCCAAGCCCCGCUCUUCGACGAGCAACUUCAGGACCAGGAGCACGUCGUCAUUCAGGCAGUAACGUGGCUUACAUUGACGGCGCGCCGUCGUGCAUUGGCAAGUUGAUAACCGUUGGCAACGUACCAGGAGUGGUGCGCUUUAUUGGCACAACGCACUUCGCUACGGGGACGUGGGUGGGCAUUGAGCUUUGUGAGCAAAAGGGCAAGAACAGCGGCACGAUCGAUGGGCAAAAGUACUUUAGCUGCGCCCCGAAUCAUGGCAUUUUCAUCCGUGCGAGCCGCUUGGGCCUCUCGUUGAAGCUGUAG